CAGACCAUGCAAGCGGCGCGAUGCCCGACAGAUGAGCUAUCGCUGACUAAUUGUGCCGUGGUGAGCGAGAAGGAUCUGCAGUCAGGACAACAUGUGACUGUGAAGACCACACCCAACCACAAGUUUGCGUUUACAGUCAAGACCCACCACACAGUGGCACCUGGAAGCAUUGCCUUCAGCCUGCCGCAGCGAAAAUGGGCCGGUCUCUCCAUCGGCCAGGAGGUUGAAGUGUCCAACUACAACUUUGACAAAUCCAAGCAGUGCAUCGGUGCCAUGACAAUCGAAAUUGACUUCCUGCAGAAGAAGAGUACCGACUCCUCUCCCUAUGACUCAGACAAGAUGGCUGCAGAGUUCAUCCAACAGUUCAACAACCAGGCCUUCUCUGUCACCCAGCAGUUAGUGUUCAGUUUUUGCGACAAGCUGUUUGGUUUGGUUGUAAAGGAUAUCGAAGCAAUGGAUGCCAGCAUCCUCAAAGGAGAACCAGCCUCUGGAAAGAAACAGCAGAAGAUCGAUAUCGGGCUGAUGAUCGGCAACAGCCAGGUGAUUUUUGAGAAAGCAGAAAGCUCUUCCCUCACACUAGUUGGUAAGGCAAAGACCAAGGAGGCACGACAGACAAUCAUCAACCCAGACUGGAACUUUGAGAAGAUGGGAAUUGGAGGUCUGGACAAGGAAUUCUCUGACAUUUUCCGCAGGGCCUUUGCUUCCCGAGUCUUCCCUACAGACAUUGUGGAGCAGAUGGGUUGUAAGCACGUGAAGGGCAUCAUGCUGUUUGGACCUCCAGGAUGUGGUAAAACAUUGAUGGCCAGACAGAUUGGCAAGAUGCUCAAUGCCCGCGAGCCAAAGAUCGUCAAUGGUCCAGAGAUCCUCAACAAGUACGUGGGAGAGUCUGAGGCCAACAUCCGUAAACUGUUCGCCGAAGCCGAGGAGGAACAGAAGAGGCUGGGAGCCAACAGCGGCCUCCAUAUCAUUAUCUUUGAUGAGUUGGAUGCCAUCUGCAAGCAGAGAGGUACAGGUGCCAGCAGCACAGGAGUACAUGACACCGUGGUCAACCAGCUCCUGUCUAAGAUCGACGGUGUGGAGCAACUUAACAACAUCCUGGUCAUCGGUAUGACCAACAGGCCUGACUUGAUAGAUGAUGCCCUCAUGAGGCCCGGCAGAUUUGAGGUCAAAAUGGAAAUUGGUCUCCCUGAUGAGAAGGGUCGUGUCCAGAUCCUGACCAUCCACACCAACAAGAUGCGAGGCUUCAACCUGCUACAUGCCGACGUCAACAUCCCGGAACUGGCUGCCGAGACCAAGAACUACAGCGGUGCUGAGCUCGAGGGUCUGGUCAGGGCCGCGCAGUCCACCGCCAUGAACCGACACAUCAAGGCCACAUCUACAGUUGAGGUGGACAUGGAGAAGGCAGAGAAGCUGCAGGUCACUAGAGAUGACUUCAUGGGAUCCCUCAACAAUGACAUUAAACCAGCAUUUGGCACAAACCAAGAGGAUUACUCAAGCUACAUCAUGAACGGCAUCAUCAAAUGGGGUGACCCGGUCACCCAUGUCCUGGAUGACGGGGAGCUACUGGUGCAGCAGACAAAGAACAGCGAUCGCACACCACUGGUGGCAGUGUUAUUGGAAGGCCCACCCCACAGUGGAAAGACUGCAUUGGCAGCUAAGAUUGCAGAGGACUCGCAGUUCCCCUUCAUUAAGAUCUGCUCUCCAGACAAGAUGAUUGGAAGCUCAGAGAUUUCUAAGUGCCAGGCAAUCAAAAAGGUCUUUGAUGACGCUUAUAAGUCCCAGCUCAGCUGUGUGGUGGUGGAUGACAUUGAGCGUCUCCUAGACUACGUCCCCAUAGGCCCUCGUUUCUCCAACCUGGUACUUCAGGCUCUGCUGGUGCUGCUGAAAAAACCUCCACCCAAGGGUCGGAAGCUGCUCAUCAUCGGCACCACCAGCAGGAAAGACGUCCUGCAGGAGAUGGAGAUGCUGGACGCCUUCAGCACUACCAUCCACAUUCCCAACAUCUCUACUGGGGAGCAGCUUGUUGAUGCCUUAGAGCUUUUGGGGAGCUUCACAGACAAAGAGCGGGCCAGCAUCGCACAGCAGCUCAAAGGAAAGCGAGUCUGGAUCGGCAUCAAGAAACUGCUCGUGCUCAUCGAGAUGUCGCUGCAGAUGGACGCGGAUUACAGAGUGACCAAGUUCCUGUCUCUGCUCAGAGACGAGGGGGCGGUGAAUGAAGGCGAUCAAAUCCGAAUUUAA